ACCAACUUCGGGUCUAAAAAUGUCCGUUUUAGGCCCAAAAAUAUGCAUUUUGGGGCUAAAAAUCCCAUUUUUUGACCCAAAAUACCCCUUUGAGGUCCAAAACUACCCAUUUUAGGUCCAAAAAUACCUGUUUUGAGACUAUAAAUACUCAUUUUUUGACCCAAAUUACCAAUUUUGGUCAGAAAAUUCCCAUGUAUUGACCCAAAGUAUUGAUUUUGCGUCUUAAAGUGUCCGUUUUGGGGCUAAAAACAUCCAUCUUGGGCCAAAAAUACCCAUUUUUGGUCCAAAACUACCGAUUUAGGGUUGAAAAUUCACAUUUUGGGGCCAAAAAGUCUCAUUUUCUGGCUAAAGAAGACCAUUUUAGUUCUCAAAAAUACCCAUUUUGGGUGUAAAAAUGACCAUUUGGGGGGCUAAAAAUUCCUAUUUUUUUUUUAACUGAAUUUGUGCGUUUUUGAAAAUUCCCGUUUUUGGACUUGAAAAUACCCAUUUGGGCCCAAAAAUUCCCGUUUUUGACCAAUUCCCCCCACAAUUUUAGGACCAAAAAUACCCAUUUUUUUAACCAAAACUAUCAGUUUUAGGACCAAAACCAUCCCCCAUUUUAGAACCAAAAGUACCCAUUUUUUUGAUUAAAAAUGUCCAUUUUAGGACCGAAACCACCCUUUUUAGGCCCAAAAAUCCCCAUUUGUGGGGAAUUCCCAUUUUUUGACCAACCCUCCCCCCAGUUUUAGAACCCAAAAUACUCAUUUUUUUAAUCCAAACUAUCCAUUUUAGGACCAAAACCACCCAUUUUAGGACCAAAAACACCCCCCAUUUUAGGACCGAAAAUACCCAUUUUUUUGACCAAAAGUGUCCAUUUUAGGACCGAACCUACCCCUCAUUUUAGGGCUAAAAAUACCCAUUUUUUGGUCCAUUUUAGGACCAAACCCACCUGUUUUAGGCCCAAAAUCGCCCAUUUAUGGGAAAUCCCCAUUUUUUUGUUGGAAUUCCCGCCUCCCUCUGACCCUUUUUCCCUCUUUUUCCCCCUUUUUCCCCCCUGCAGGCCCGGCCAUGCCCCCCCCUCGCUGCUCCUGCUGCCCCAACCCCUCGUCCCUGCUGCGCUCCCGCUCCCUCCUCCCCUUCUGCCGCCGCUGCUUCGUCGCCGCCUUCGAGGCCGAGACCCUCCGUGCCCUGCUCGGGGACCCCUCGGGGACCCCCAAACCGGGGCAGGGGGUGGCCGUGGCGGCUUCGGGGGGCAAAGAUUCCACCGUGCUGGCCCACGUUCUGUCCCGGUUGGAUCGGUGCCACAAUUUGGGGCUGAGGUUGGCGCUGCUGGCCGUGGACGAGGGCAUCGCCGGCUACCGAGAGCCCUCCCUGGUGGCCCUCAGGGAGGUGGCCCUGGCCCUGCCCCUGCCCCUGCUCGUGGUGGAGCACCGGGAGCUCUUCGGGCUCACCGUGGACCAGGCGGGGCCGGCGCUGGGCGGGAGGAGCCGCUGCACCCUGUGCGGGGUCCUCAGGAGGAGGGCAAUGGAGAGGGGGGCCGGGGAGAUGGGGGCCGACUGGAUAGUGACUGGUCACAACGCUGAUGACGUGGCCGAGACGGUUCUGAUGAACUUCCUGCGCGGGGAUGUGGCCCGGCUGCGGCGCGCAGCCAACGAGGCCAUCGGGGCCACCAAUGAGACCACCGCGGCCACCAGUGAGUUCUCCAGGGCCACCAACGAGGCCACUGGGGCCAAUGAGGCCACCAGGGCCACCAACAAGGCCACUGAGGCCAAUGAGACCACUGGGGCCACCAAGAAGGAACCCAACAGAAACCCAGUGGAACCCAACGACAACACAACGGAACCCAACCAUGACUCAUUGGAACCCAAGAGAAACCCCACAAAAUUCGACAGAAACUCAAUGCAAUCCAACGACAAUUCAUCGGAACUCAAGGGAAACCUAAGAAACAGCAACGGAAACCCAACGAAAUUCAGCAGGAACCCAAGGAGACCCACCCAGACCCUCCCCCGACCCAAUGCCGCCCCCCCGGUGGUGCCGCGGCUGAAACCGCUGCGUCAUGCAGCGCAGAGGGAGAUCGUGCUCUACGCCCACUUCCUGGGGCUCUCCUACGCCAGCUCCGAGUGCCACCACGCACCCUUGGCCUUCCGGGGCCACCCCCGUGCCCUCCUCAAGGACCUGGAGGCCACCCGACCGGCGGCCGUGGCCGCAUUGGCCCACUCAGGGCGCCGGCUGGCCCUGGGGGCGGCGCCAGGCGCGGGGGAGCCUCCAGGGGCUUGCGGGCGCUGCGGGUCAGUGGCCAGCGGUGACCUGUGCAUGGUCUGCGCUCUCCUGGCCGCCCUGGACAAGGGGAGACCGCGGUUGGCGUUGGGCAAACGCGGGGUCAGGGUGGCUACUGGGGCGGACGGGCAAUGGGAGGGCGAGGGGGGAGACCGGGGUGGCCACUGGGAUGGGCCCUGUGGUGGCCACGGGGUUGGGGGACCUGAAGAUGGGAGUGGUGGCCACCGAGAGGGGGGUGAUGGCCACUGGGAUGGGAGUGGUGGCUAUGGGGUUGAGGGACCUGGAAAUGGUGGUGGUGGCCACCAGGAGGGGGGGGGUGGCCACCAGGAGGGGGGUGGUGGCCAGGGGGCUACUGGCUGUGAGGGUGGUGGCCGCGGGGGCAGUUCUGGUGGCCACGGGGGCUGUGGCUGCAGGGCUGGUGGCCCCGGGGCUGGUGGUCAAGCUGGUGGCCAUGGGGGCUGUGCUGGUGGUCACGGGGGUGGUUCUGGUGGCCACAGGGGCUGUGGCUGCAGGGGUGGUGGCCCCGGAGCUGAUGGUCAAGCUGGUGGCCACGGGGGCAAUUCUGGUGGUCAUGGAGGCAGUUUUGGUGACCAUGGGGGCUGUGGCCACGGGGCCGCUUUUGGUGGCCACGGGGCCGGUCCCGGUGGCCCCCUGGGCCGAGAAGUGCAGGUCGAGGUGGUUUCGCGGGGGGGUCUCUCUGAGCGGCGCUGCCUGAGGGGCUUCGGGCACGUCCGGGGGGGCCUCGACAUCUGGGACUUCUGAGGGGGGUCCCAGUUUAGGGGUUCCUCGGUGUGUAUUUUGGGUCCCUGGCAUCAGUUUAGGGGUCCCUGGGUUAGUUUUCGGAGUCCCUGGGGCAGUUUUGGAGGUCCCAGGGUCAGUUUGGGGGACUGUGGGGGCAGUUUGGAGGUCCCUGGGGCAGUUUGGGGGUCCCAGGGGCAGUUUUGGAGGUCCCAGGGGCAGUCAGAGGGUCCCUUGGGCAGUUUUGGGGGUCCCUGGGGGCAGUUUAGGGGUCCUGGAGUCACUUUGGGGGAAUCUGGGGGGCAAUUUUGGGUCCCUGGGGUCAGUUGGGGGGGACCUGGAUCUCUUUUUGGGGGUGUGUCCAUGCAAAUGAGGAUCUGCUUUUGGGCGUGUCCAUGCAAAUGAUGCCCAACGAUCACAAAUAAAACUAGA